GCUAUCAAUGACUAUCCUGAGCAUAAAGUCAUGCUCGCAGCUUACAUCGAGGUGAUCAAAUCUGCCACGCUUCAUUUACAAGACCUCUCCGUGAACUGCAAUGGUUCAAGAAAACCCCCAGCCGCCUCUCCCGCGGCAGUUGGAUGAACCUGUUAUGCAGUCGACGGCAUCAAAACCUGCUGUUAUUCGAAAGAGGUUUGCAAAGCCACCUGUUAAGGUAGCAUGCUUAGCUUGCCGCGCUUCGCGGACUCGUUGUGAUGGAAAAGAACCAUGCCGUAAUUGUAUCAACAAAGGCCGGGAAUGCUCUUACUUGCCUAGCAAGCGUGGAGGUCCCAGGAAGAAAAAGAGCAAGACGGCCAUCGUACCAGGUGCGAAUCUGCAGCGAAAUGGCUCUCCAGUUACGGCUGUCACUUCAAUGUCUAGCUUUGAUGAGUCACCGAUCAUUUUCGAUCAGAUAGAUAUGCUUUCUAUGCCAGGAGCCGGACUGAGGCAACUGGACUUUCCAUCGGAUGUCCAAUCCAUGUUUUCUGACAUAUUUUCCAUUGGCGAUGGGAACCGGUCUCAGCUUCAAAUGGAGCCAACACCAUCUCCUCCAGCUAUUCCAGGACAGUGCUCAGUAAGGACGUAUGGCAGCGAAUCUGGAAUAUUGAAUGCUUAUUAUGAGUUUAUUCAUGCUUAUCUCCCUGUUCUCCCUCCCCGGGUAGCUCCGCGCUGUGUUGAUCAGCCGUUGAGUAUACCCGAAUCUUCUUCUCAGUCUUCCUCUGAAGGGCCCGUUUUGAUGUAUCGGCCUGUGUCUCCUUUAAGUCUCGCUAUAUCCGCCAUCUUGGCCUUAAUACCUCAUCCAAGUGAUGCGGAGCCAUCUUCUGCAAGCUCCGUGCUCCGGCGCAGGGCUUAUGCGAACCAAUUUGCGCAACUUGCGACUUCUAGCAUUGAAGCCGAUGGCGAACUUCUUGCUUCUUCCACGGAUCCAUCAAAGGCUUUGUCGGGUGAACGGCCACUUCCUGAUCGAGAGCCCUUGCAUCCUCGGACUCCAGUUGAGCUAGAGAGUAUAUUAGCAUUACUCAUUCUGUCUGUCUACGAAUACGCACAAAGAGGGAACAUACUCAAAAUGAAGUCCCGUGCCAGCCAGGCGCUAGCAAUAGCGUUAGAUAUGUCUCUUCAUUCAUUAGGAGAGGAUCACUCUGAGUUUGCCGAAGCUAGAAGGAGAGCUUGGUGGAUGACGUACUACUCUGUCCUGCAAGGAUCUAUCGUUAGCACAUCCCCACCUGCCGUUGUUCCAAAUGAUCCUCAGUUCACCACUCCACUACCCCGAUUUUCGGCUGACCCUGAAGGCUGGCCACUCUUAAUGCAGUCACAGAAAGUGCUGGUAUCGGCGUCCCAGUUCAUCGUCGAACUAAAGAAGUGUGUUAAGUCGAGGUCAAAUAUGCCAUACAUAUACGAACGAAUGCAGCAACUCGAUGUAUGGGCUAGCUCGGUGCUGGAACAGUCAGAGCUGCUCCCAGUGUUCGCGCAGACCGCGGAUCAUAGCGACCAGGCCGAGUCUGAAACAGCAAAUUCCAUACGCAUGAUAACCAAGAUCAAAUUGUUUAGCGCAAAAAUCAAGACCCAUCGUUUUCGGGCAUUCUCUGAUAUACCGAUCUUUAUCAAAAAGCAUUGCGAUCUGACGACGGCAGGAGCUACUACCGAGGGCCUAACCGGAUCAACACAACCCUCGAGAUCCCAAAGCGGAGUGGACAACCAGUCAUGCUUAUGUAGCGAUCUCGAUUCUCUGAGGACCUCGCCUGGGGACUACGCCGCAUCAUCAUCUCCUUCCUCUACGCCUCCUGAUUAUCGCUCUAUGCCGCAAUACUCCAUGACAAACAGAUUUCCAUACAGCAAUGAAUACUCGACGAAAGUCUGUCUUCGAGCCGGUCUUAGCACUUCACGUCUGUUUGAAUGUCUGCCGAAGCCGAAACCUCUCUAUGGAAUUCCAACAGAUAAUGACAGAACCCGAUCCGUACAACUGGGACUGCAGCCGCGCUUCGAGCUACCGCGAACAAUGCCAUCUUUCGCUUGCUGUCUUAUGCAAAGUAGUUAUGCUCUGCUGAUGCUCUUCUACAAAGCACGCGUCGCGAAGCAGCUUUCUCCAGAGAGCGGCAAUGGGCCAGGAGACCAGCUUGUCGAGGAACUUCGAGGUGGAUUAGAACGCCUUAUUGCUGCUUUAUCGAAUUACUCGAUGGCUUUUGAAGCCUUGGACGGAAUGAGAGACGAAGUCGAAGGUGCAUAUCAGACAGCCUUUUUUGAGGCCUGAAAUCUCUACCUUCGAAUAUGGGUACACUGCAUAAAAUCAAGUCUCUACAAAGGAAAUUAUACUUAAAUUUAUGCUGCACAUUAUUUUCUUAGCCUUUUCUUUUCUUUCCUUUUCUCUUUUUCGGCAAACACCCCAACCCGCCACCAGGCGUGUUCAAGACUCGACACACUGCACUUUCGUUAUCAUCAACACCAGAAACUACCACCUCACUUGGGAAUGGGAAGGGUUGGACAAGGAAUAGAGCUUUUAAUGAAUUUCUUUUCGAGUCAGGCGAAAUUAGGAAAAUGGGAUGAUAUGUGAUUGGUUAUCUUUGGACUUUUGGGGCUAUACGUUGGGUUCUUUUUUCGGGGUUCAGUGGACUAUUUAAACCCCUUCAUUAGGGGGUAUUGGGAUGAGCGAAGAUGAUAAAAGCCAAGGAGGCUUUUGGGGUUGAAUUUGGAGUUGGUGCUCUCUUUUCGUCAUUUUCCAUCGCUAUGUGACAUCGUGGUUAUGGGUUAUGUUUCUUUCUUCCGUGUCUCCGCUCUUCAUAUCUCAUCUCUCUCCUCACCAUUUUUUAUCAUUAUUCGGGGUUACUAUGAUUCGUGCAUCACUACAUUGGUCUGUAUGACCAUUUGGUUGUCUAUUCUGUGGGAUAGAAAGAAGAAAAAAAAAACGCAAGGGUUUCGGUUCUUCCCAUUGCCUU